GGGGGGGGGGCGGGUGGGAUCGGCUUUGGCGCAUGCGCGCGCGUGCGGGUCGCGGUCCGUCUUCCCGAGUCGCCCGCGCUGCUUGUUCGCGGUUCCGUGAACCGCGGGCGGCCCGGGCUCCCUCUGCCAUGGCCCCCGCGCCCAGGUCCUUGCUGUCGCCACUGACUUUGCUGCUGCUUCUACUACUGAGCCUGGCGCUGCUGGGCGCCCGCGCCGAGCCCGCCACCGGGAGCGCUGUCCCCGCGCAGAGCCGCCCGUGCGUGGAUUGCCACGCAUUUGAAUUCAUGCAGCGCGCCCUUCAGGACCUACGGAAAACCGCCUACAGCCUGGACGCGCGGACGGAGACCCUCCUGCUGCAGGCUGAGCGCCGGGCUCUGUGUGCCUGCUGGCCAGCUGGACGCUGAAGAUCUUUGGCCAGUGAUGUUCCCUGUCAAUAAAUGCCUGCUAGCA